UUGACUGCCACCGUUACCCUCAAUGGCGGAUAUUGAAGAAGGGGGCUGAGGGGGCUUCAACUUCCAUCCGUCGUCAAAUCGCUAAUAUUUUCGUUUGUUAUUCCUAGAAAAUUGGGAUCCUUGGAUUCCGCAAACCUCGAAUCUUUUAGCAAUUCUUUGUUUUCCUCUUUUAGCUCUCUCCCUUUGAGCUACUUUAAUCCUCCGUUCCGUGGCCUCACGAGGCAGUUGAACUCAUCCAGGUUAUUCGUCGCCAGUAAUAUAGAUAUAAUCGACGCACGAAACUCGACUGCAGAUCAACGACCAAUUGUAACGCGUGCAGGGAAGCAGCCUCGCUAAAGGAGACUUGUAUAAAUAGUUUUUUGUUUUUUUUUGUAAGAAACAGCUUCAAUCAGCAAGCCUGUUUAAUAAAACGUCGCAAAAUUCAUGAGCGUUCUAUUAUUCCGCUUCCGUAUUCUCCUUUUACUUUUAACGUUACAACGCGCACGUGCCGGGUAGCCUUGCACAGGAAUAAAGAAAUUAGGAUGAUAGUCCAGCGUGAUUUGUAUGCGUCGCGCGUCGCCCCAGGCAGUCAUUGUGUCAUUUUCACAAGGACAAGGUAUUAUUGUCAAUUAAGAAUGUUACGGAUAGUCUGCAAAUAGUUGUGACGUAGUAAUUAUUUAAUCAUGGUACAUGCGAACACGCAUGACAUAUUUUGUAAAGAAAUCUUGUGUCUAUAUCAAGUAUAUAUUAUGUAUAGUUUACCUGAUGGUGUGCAACAAAGUGUUAGUACAUCUACUAAAAUUUCUUUGUCUCUAAAUUAAUAGUAAACGAGUAGCAUCUCUUUGAUAUUACACUUUAACCAAUUUCAAAUAUUAUACAGGCAAUUCUAACUGUAAUAAACACGACAGUGUGUUAUUCGAAGCAACAAUUUCCUUCGUAUAGGUAAUUUCUUUUUUUUUUUCUUCUUAAACUUAACUUCUAGGUACUUCAGGUGCCCGGUAUUAAACAAUGACUGCCAAUGGAACAAUAAACAAUAGUUACAAAGGAUCAAAAAAGAUAAAAAGGUUGUCUGUUAAUCAAGUUGUCAUCAGCUGAUAACUGUUCGCUCUGAAUGCAUAACAAACUUAGUUAAAAAAAAAAAACCCAAGUGUCUCGCAUUUAAUUAUAAUUAAAUCGAGAUUCCCAAUACUUCGAGGUCUUGGUAACAAGUUCAUCUGACAUCCACAAAAAUGUGACGCGAAGAAGAAUGACGUUAAAAUAAUUACGAAGGAUUUCUUUCUAACUAACAAGAUGGCGACACCGCGAUAUAUUUGAAUAUCGCAUGAAUCGAUUCCGCGAUAGAAGUUCAACGACCUAAGAGGCGAGCAGAAAGAUGGAGAACGUGACAAACAUCGGCCGUCGGGUCGAAAAGUUGAAAAAAAAGUUCUUCAAGUAUUACUCGAGUCACUUUCCAACCCUGUUUCACAUCUCCUACGAUCCGAUAGGCACUCACAAAAAGUCACGCGCGUUCGCUGGCUUCCUCAUGGGCUUCGUCUUGGGCGUUCUUCUAUACGAAUUCAUCAUCGUUGAUCUCCACUUCGAUCGUUACACCAGCUUCGUUCUUGCUGUCAUCGUCGUCACGAUGCUGUCCGUUGGAUGCGCUGCGUCCAUUCAGGUGAGAUGCGUUAGCCUGUUGUCAGUUGUAUCGUUCUUUGGCCGUUCAGGGCGCAGCGUGUUAAGGGCACUGGUUUUUGGAUACGUAAUCGCUGGCCCGGUGUUCAAUAUGGUGAUUAACGCGAAGGAAGUAGUGAGGACGUUCGCCUGCACUUCGCAGCUGACGUACAAUCUCACCAAAACACGGUUCGACUUGAUGUUCAAACCGUUUCAACAGGCCGUUCUUUCGAUGAAGACUGAUGGAGAAGAGAUAAAGGAUGCGCUGUCCUCGGUGAGAGACCUGAUGAGUCCUAUCGUGGAGGAAGUGGAAGGCGAAGAGGAGAUGCUGCGAUUGAAGGAGCAAAACGAUUAUCUGGACGAGUUGCAGGACGAUACGAAGAGAAGCGAGGAAAUCGAAAAGAAGCAUGAAAUGAAAAUCGAGGAAGCCGAGUCGGAGGCAGACGUGUACGAAGCGAAGUACAAGAAGAAGAUCGAAGCCAGGUGCGAGGAACAGCUCAGUCGAGGAGCAGACAGAUGCAGGGACAUGUUCAAGGGCGCUUACGACAGCUGUUACGAGAAAGUCACCGUGUUCGUUGCGUGGCUUCUUUGCUGGCCGAUGAAGCUGACUUUCGUGUGCAACCUGGUCCAGUCAUUGGGUGGAGCCAGCGUCUGUGAUCCCGAGGGAAAAGUUGACAACGGUAUCGGCGAGGGUUACGCCGCCUUGAAGAGUACCAGGGACGAGUUCAGCAGGAGUCUGAAGGACGCCAAACUGCAGUACAAACUGAAACGACCGCCUGUGAUAAUGGAUCUGAAGGACUCCGUCUACGCAGCCAAAGCUGUGACGAGCGAAUUCAACGUGAGAAAACAGUUUUUCGAAUCGGUGAUGGUGAUCAUAAGGAGGUGCUUGUCCUUCGUGUUUCUGAAGAUCAUCCUGAACGCACAAAGCUAUCACGAUAAGUACUUGACCGAUAUCGAGCACGACAACGUCUACGUGACGCCGUACUUCCGGCGAAUCGACGCCAGAAGAAAAGCAAGAGGCAGCGGGACGUUGCUGCCAUUGAAGAAGAUCGAACGAAAAAAAUUUGUUGAUCCUUACAGCUGGAAGCCUAGCAAGGCAGAGGGAUUUCGCGCGACAGGCCAAAUCGUCAAGCUGCUUCUUCAAAUUACUGCUGCUACCGUCUUCGUUAUCUUAGACAGCCUCUUCUAUGAAACGUUGGACCUGAUUAGAAGGCAUGCUCAUAUUGAGUAUAUGCAGGUGGGCCACCACGACUUGUCGCUGGAGAUCCGUGGCACAGGAGUGAUAGCGUCGCUGAUAAGAAGCGCAGUGCGCGGCUUCAACGUGAAGAAGCACAUAAAAACCGUCACCUCGAACGAAGCCUGUCUUCCAAGGCCCACGAAACUGUUCCCUCGCGUCCUUCUCCAAAUUUACGGGACCUUUUUCGCCAUUCUCGUUUUGAUCAUCGUCUCUGUUUACACGCAGAGAACUCGUCGUGGCAUCUGCUCGUUCUUCUACAGAAAAAGGGAGAAGAGACGAGUGCUGUACCUUUACAACGAGAGUCUCCGUCGCAGAAUCGGUUUCGCGAAGUUCGCGAAAGCCAAAGUGAAGAGUCUGGUGAGAACUCGUCGCUUGGAAUACGACGUGGACUUCUGGAUGUCGCUCAGACAGAAAUGGCCGAAGCAGUUCGAAUGGCUGAAGUUCUUUGCCUGCGCCAGGGAAAGAUGCUUGAUUUGUGGCGAAGCGGAGCCAAGGAAGGGACCAUCCUAUCGGCAGUGCACCACGCCUGGUUGUCCUUUCGUUCAUUGCGCCGAGUGCUGGAGGGACGUUGGAAAGAUCUGUUACGCAUGCGCAGAGUCACCUGAUACCGAUUCCGAAGGAUACGACACGCAACGCAGCGAGUUUUAA